AUGACAUUUGGCUUCAUACGAAUAUACUAUCCUGAACUUGCAGAUCGUGUUUCGUUUCGUUUAAGUUUUGCUGCCUUAUUCUGUGAUAUAGGCUAUUCUGGUCAUGUUUUAAUUAAUCUUGUUUGGGAUGCUAUUCCAGGUUUUUUGUGUGGAUACGUGAACCUUCAUAUAAUUUUCGUAAAUGAAUAUAAAAGACGUAAUUUUGAAAAUUAUUAUUUUACAAUUGCAUUUUCUUUUGCUCUUUUACUCUCUCUCCUUCCUGUUGCCGAUAGUAUGUAUGGUCAUAAUGAUCCUGUAGGUGGUUGUUGGUAUCGUUUUUCUGGUCAAAAAAAGAAUAUGAUAUGGGAAUGGACUACUUAUUUCGGUUGGAUAAAUACAUCUAUAUUGUAUUGUGCGCUCGUUAUUAUUAUGGUCGUUAGAAAACUCAAAUUUAUGGCAAACCAAACCGAUGUUUUUGACCUUUCGUCGGCUUCUCGAUUACCUGGUCAUCCCCCCUUAAUUAAUAAGGCCGUGAUUUUAUCGGUUGUCAGAAGAGUCGUGCUAUAUCCUGUGGUGCCAGUAGCUCAAUUUUUUUGCUCUUUCUCUGAAACUUGCUAUUAUCUUAGUCAGGUGCCCUCUUAUCCAUUAACAAUAAGUUGCUUUAUUGGCAUGUCACUUCAAGCACCACUAUCUACUAUAUCAAACCACUUUGACAAUAUCUCAUAG